AUGAACAAAAUUCCAGUGGAGUACCGAACUCCCAAGGUCAAAACAGGUCCGAAAGAACAGGAGGCUCCGAAAGAACCGGAGGAUCCGCAACAACCGGAACCUCAGCGGCCGGAGCCUCAGCGGACGGAGCCUCAGCGGACGGAGCCUCAGCGGACGGAGCCUCAGCGGACGGAGCCUCAGCGGGCGGAGCCUCAGCGGGCGGAGCCUCAGCGGGCGGAGCCUCAGCGGACGGAGCCUCAGCGGACGGAGCCUCAGCGGCCGGAGCCACAACGGGCAGAACCGCAGGUGUUGCAAUUGCAACAACAACUGCAGCAGCGUGUAGUGCAGCUGGAGCUGCAGCAAAUGCGGGGGCAUCAAGUGCACCAUACCCCGCAACGAUCGCAGUCGCACCGGCCGCUACGACGGCAGCCGCACCAGCCACAGUAUAUCCCUUACCAGCCGCAGCCGUACCACUCGCAGCCGUACCACCCGCAUCCGAAUCCGCAUGGUGAUUCACAAAGGGCCAAGCAGUUGAUGAUCAGAAAUUACAGGCGCAAAAUUAAUCGCCUGCGAAGAGAAAUGACGCCACGGCCACCGACGAGAUACUGUUAA